AUGCCACCUCGAGGCGCUAUCGUAUUCUCAAUCCUCCGACCUACUCGGUCGACGACCACGUCUUCAUCAUUCUCGCGCGCUACAGCCUAUUUCCAAAUCCGCGCCAACAGCACAGCUGCCUCACAAGCAAGCGGCAGUACAAUUAACAUACAACAAGUUCCCGCACCGGGAUCGGGGUACGUGCGCGUCCUACUACUCAAUCGUCCACAAGCUCGAAAUGCCAUUUCGAAAGAAUUGUUGAAUGCCUUGAGGUUUCAGGUGGAUGCUAUCAGCGCAGAACAAGGCAAUGGGCCGACGAGGGCUUUGGUGCUUGCGAGCAAUGCAGAUUCAGCUUUUUGUGCGGGGGCUGAUUUGAAGGAGAGGAAGGAUAUGACCAAGGAAGAGACAAACGCAUUCCUGACAAAACUCCGCGGCACCUUGUCGCGACUCGAAGCUCUACCCAUUCCUACGAUUUCUGCAAUCUCUUCAGUCGCCCUUGGAGGCGGUCUCGAGUUAGCCCUGAGCACCCAACUGCGCGUCUUUGGAUCAACCAGUAUCGUCGGCUUGCCCGAAACCCGUAUCGCCAUCAUCCCCGGCGCAGGCGGCACCUACCGUCUUCCCCGCCUGAUUGGACUAAGUCGUGCACGGGACCUGAUCCUCACCGGUCGAAAGGUCUCCGGCGCAGAGGCAUAUUUUCUGGGUAUUUGCGAUCGGUUAGUUGAAGUCACUCCCGAGGAAGAGAAGCAAGAAGGAGUUGCGCGAAAUAAGGUUUUGCAUGAGGGAAUCAAGCUUGCGCUGGAUAUCUGUGAGGGUGGUCCGCUUGCGAUCAAGGCCGCGUUGCAAGCUCUGAAUCAGCACGAGAAAGGCGAGGAGGCCGAGAAUGCGGCUUAUGAUGCAGUGGUGGACACGGAGGAUAGACUUGAGGCUCUGCUGGCGUUCGCAGAGAAGCGGAAGCCGGCGUAUCGGGGCCGGUAG